AUGGAGGACGAAAAGACCGGUAAAGUCAAGAAGAAGAGCGCCACCCAUCGCAAAUCAUUGUCGUGUGAAUACUGCAGCCGCUCUUUCGCCCGUCUGGAGCAUCUCCAACGCCAUCUCCGCACCCAUACCAAGGAGAAGCCGUUCUCAUGUGACAUUUGUUCCAAAUCCUUUGCACGCAGUGACCUGCUCGUGCGACACGAGCGAUUGGUACAUCCUGCAGAAGCGGCCGCGGGUCGUGAUGAUCGUGCGCAGAAUGGCGACAAUUCACACCACGAGGUUCCUCUCCAGCCCGCGAUCAUUCAACCUACCCCCCACCAUGAAUCUCGAAUGCUCGAGCUGGCCGACGCCAUCCCUGUCCACACCCAGGUGCCACACCCAUCCACUGAGGUGCAAAUUCAACCGCCCUCGAUCGUUGAAACACCUCACUUCAAUCCCUCGUGGGGUUAUGACCUGAAUCUGUUGUCGCAUGCGGCUAGUCAUGUUGCACUCGAGGGACAGCAGGAGAACCUCGAAUCCUUACGCAAGCAAAACCAAGCGGUCGGCGCGCCCUCACAAUCUCUUCCGCCAGUCCCAGAGCGGGGAAUCACCGAUUCUUAUGGUGUUGAACCAUCCAUGCUGGACCUCACCGACCUCGGUGACCCAGUUCAGGACUUUACCGUCUUCCUGGAGAGUGUCGGUUUGUCGUCAGACUGGGAUUCGGGGGUUUUUUCGUCCGUCGAAGACUCCAUGUUACCUCCGGGUCUGUCGGUCGACUCCAAGUCACAUGGUCGAGAAGCUGCGCCAACAUCAUCAGCGAGAUUAGGGGGUGACCUGAUGAGCGAUCCUCGAGGCCAACCCGAUGAACAGCCGUCAUUCUCCAAUUUUGGGUCCAGGUUACCCUCUCUGCAGCCCGAGUCCCAUGAAAUUGAAGAUCGCAUUGGUCUCUCUGACGAAGGGCUUCGACCUGCUUGGGAUAUCAGCAAUGCCGACCGACAAGUUUUUGUUCAAAAAUUGGAUGAAUUCGCCUAUGUCUUGCCCAAGGGGUUUGUGCCUCCGUCCCGACACACUCUAUCCCGCUUCUUCGCGGGCUAUAUCAAUGGGUUGAAUGAACAUCUUCCAUUUGUCCACGUGCCAACAUUGUCGGUCGCCAAGUGGUCACCGGAGCUGACACUGGCCACUGCUGCUGCCGGAUCGCAUUAUCGCUUUGAAAAUGGUCGAGGAAUUGAUCUAUUUCAUGCAGCCAAGGCUAUUCUGCUAGAGCGGCUUCGACGGAGGGAUAGUCGGCAGGUCCCCUAUCCCUCAUGGAAUUACAUCUCGCCGCCCUCGGGAUUCCACACAUCGCGAGGGUCGUCGAUGCUCUCGAAUACAACAAGCAGCCCUUUCCAGAAUCAGCACAUGCAAAACACCCCGAUGAACCAAUCCAUCUAUACUCUCGAUGACUCUGAUGCACACAUGGAAGUGAUUCGAACCUUCCUGCUCCUCACGGUCUUUGCGUCUUGGGAGCGACAGCCGGAAUUGUUGCGUGAGAUUCUUUCGCUGCAGAGCACAUUGGCAAGGCUUGUCCGAGAGCAUGGUUUGUCAGAACCACCUCCGACAGCGGAUCCCAUCAGUUGGGAGGAAUGGGUUCGGAGAGAGGGGAAUCGACGAACGAAACUCAUCGUUUACUGCUUUUUCAACCUUCACUCCAUCAUGUACAACAUUCCUCCGAUGAUCCUCAACGGAGAGCUCAAACUGAACAUGCCCAGCUCGCAUGAUCUGUGGAAGGCCAAUAAUGCAGCUCAAUGGCGCCGUGUCCAACGACUCCGUCAAGGAUCCGAGGUUUCCUUCCAAGAUGCGUUUGCCCGCCUCUUUCUCAAAUUCUCCAAUCCGCCUCCAUCCACUCCCAUAUCACCUCUAGGCAAUUAUAUCCUGAUUCAUGCCAUCAUCCAACAAAUCUUCUUUGCCCGUCAGCUUUGUCUCUCGGCCCCUAGUAUGCACGGAACCAGUCUACGACAGGAAGACUUGAAUGUGCUCGACAAUUCCCUGAGCGCCUGGAAAGCUCUCUGGAAACGGACGCCUGAAUCCAGCAUCGAUCCGCAAAACCCGGCCGGCCCUAUUGCCUUCACCUCAACCGCACUACUUGGCCUUGCCUACAUCCGCCUCCAUGUUGAUCUAGGGCCCUGCCGCCAUCUAAUCACCCAAGAUCCUCAUCAAAUCGCACACGCCCUGAACGAGUCACCGCCACUUGUCCGUCACCCCCGGCUGAUCAUGGCGUUACUGCACUCUGCUCAUGCCCUGUCCAUUCCGGUUCGACUUGGUAUCGACUUUGUGGCGCGGACGCACUCGUUCUUCUGGAGUAUCCAGCACUCGUUGUGCAGUCUCGAAUGCGCCUUUCUCCUGAGCCGCUGGCUGCUCGCUAUUCCCGCGACGCAGUCCGAGCAGCGACUCUCGGAACACGAGCGGAAGCUUCUCCUGUGGAUCAAAAGCAUGAUGGACGAGACCGAGAUGGCCGUGGAUCCGCCCGGAGCACCCGAUCUGGACUUCAUGGCCAACCCGUACAAAGUGCGACAGCUAAGCGUUGCCAUUGUGCGGGUUUGGGCGAGAACUUUCAAGGGCAACACCAGCUGGGCCGUUGUGGACUUGGUGGGAUCCAGUCUGGACUCGUAUGCCGAUCUGCUCGAAGGAUGGCCUCCAUCGUAA